UUCUCUUCCUCGUGAUCGAGGAGCCGCUCCGGGCAGGCCCCGGCGCCCACGGGUGGGCGCGGCGGAGACGCGAGACAGCCCGCGGGCGCCCGCACACGGCUUCGCCCGCCGCCGUGUGCCGGCCGCGCCGACACGGCGGACAUGGCCGCCCUACUCUUCGUGCGUGGGGGGAAGGAUCCGAGAGGCGGCCUCUCCAGCCGAGAGCCGGCGCUGCGAUGCGCUGAGCCAAAGUUCCCGGCCGCAGGCGCCGCCAAGCCGAGCACAGCCGCCGCGCAGGCGCCGCCCAGGGCGCGCCCCGCGGGCCCUGCGCCGCCGACGGUGGGCCGUCGGCGGUGCGCGGCGGGCCCUGCGCCAGCUCAGGCCGCGCCCGCGCCCGCGCCCGCGCGGACCUCCGCGACGCGGAAGCUGUGCGGCGCGCCCGCGCCGGUCACGCGCGGGAGCUCGAAGACGACCAGGUGCCGGCCUCACGCGCAUGUCCACCAGGGGCCCACCGCGGCGACCGCCCCAGCGCUCCUCCGCCGCCAGCGCAACGGCCACCUGCAGCCAGCUCGCGCCGUGGUGCUCCGCUCGCCCGGCGCCUGCACCACCUCGCAGGCGUGCGGGGUCAUCUCCCACCGCUUCGCCCCCUGAGGCCGCUCGCGCGCCCACGCCGCCCACGCCGCGCCAGCGGCGAGGUCGAAGCCGAUGGGCUGCGCCCUCCGCGCGGCAGCGGCGGCCUCCACGUCCUCCGGGAGGUCACGGAACCGCUCCAUGAACCGCAGGUUGAAUGCGUCGAUAUGUCGCCGGCGGCCUGGCCCGCCAGGCUCAAGAGCUUCUGCGCCUCGCGGAGACGGAAGAAGGUCUCCAGGGUGUUGGACGGCACCAACAGCUGCUUCGGCACGUCGGGAUUACUCUCCCAUGGCCCGCGAACUGGGGGCUCGAAGAUGACGCUCUUCUCGGGCCACUGCAGGUCCUGGACGAGAGACACCUCCGCAGUGGGCGUGGCUCAAUUGGGGGGGGGGGGUCACAACUGGAGGGGGGGGGGUCAGAAAAGGCCCCCUCUCGUGCCCCUCCAGGGCCCCAGGGGACUCCUUUAGGCACCGUUCGGGUACCUUUGCCCGGCGCCCAACCGCACCCGCGGCCUCGCGGGCCGGGCCCCUGGGCCGCGACCCCGCGGACACGGGGCGCCUCGUCGCGGAGGCCCCGCGCGGAGCGCGCCCCUGCCACCGCGCCUCCGCGGUAGUACCCAGCCCCCCGACGUUGUUUUUUUUCACAGCGUCGACCCCCAGAGGUCUGGACCCCUUCCCCAGGACCGGUUCUUC